UGUCCUUGUGUGUGACAGCGGGCUGAGGCCAGAGUGUGUCCGGCUCACAGCUGCAGAGAUGGAGGCAGACAGCGUCAGGGACCCCGGUACCAUGGAGGAGAAGGCAGACCUGGAAAUGGCAGAAAACCCAUUCGAACAGUACAUUGAAUCAGUGCGCCAGGAGCUGGAAAACCAAGAUCCAAUCUUUAUAAUCGGCAUUAUUGUUGCUUUGGCGGUGGUUGUCAUCACUUUUGUGUUUCUGAAGUACUUUCUCUCCAGCAAAACUGUACGAAGUGCCGUGCUGCUGGUUGGAUUAUGCGACGCGGGGAAAACUCUCCUGUUUAGUCGGCUGCUGUCAGGAAAGUUCAAGAGGACACAGACCUCCAUCACUGACAGCAGCGCUCCAUACAGAGCCAAGUCUGACAGGGGCAGCACCUGGACCUUGAUAGACUUGCCAGGUCAUGACAGUCUGCGUCCACAGUACAUGGAGAAGUUCAAGUCUGCAGCCAGGGCGAUCGUGUUUGUUGUGGACAGUGCUAUCUUCCAGAAGGAAGUGAGAGAUGUGGCCGAGUUCCUCUACUUUCUGCUGACGGACCCUGUGAUCAUUAGGAACGCUCCAGCUCUCCUGUUGGCCUGCAACAAACAAGAUAUCACCAUGGCAAAAUCAGCCAAACUGAUACAGCAGCAGCUGGAAAAGGAACUGAACACGUUGAGAGUGACCCGCUCAGCAGCCCUGAGCUCUCAGGAUGGCUCUGUUGGUGGCAGCGUUUAUCUGGGGAAGAAAGGCAAGGACUUUGAGUUUAGCCAGCUGCCCAUGAAGGUCGAGUUCCUGGAGUGCAGUGCCCGUGGCAGCAAGGGCGAGGAGGGGAAUGCAGACAUCGACAGUCUGGAGAAGAGCCUGGCUAAACUGUAAAAUCAACCACUCCCAUUCUCAGUGCAGAAUUUGCCUCAAUGGCUCAGAAGCAGGAUCAGUUCAGCUCAGCUCUCAUCCCCCGCCUCAGUAAUCAGGGGCGCAACAAUCUUACCUCGGUUGAAUGUCUGCAGGUUAACUUAAAAUCCCCUUACCCCAGUCACAAAGUGGCCCCCUUUGCCAUGUUCAGUGUGUGUUGAGUCCACAGAUGCAGAAUGUGAAAUGAUAUUUAAAGGCAGAAGUUGAGACUUAGUGUAAAAAAAAAUAAUAGCUAGACUAUGAAAAUUGAAUUGUGGACUCUGAGAAUGGAAUGUGAUGCUGCAGUUUGUUUUUGCUCUGCAUUUCUGACAAAUGAUAGUUUGCUUUCAGAGUGUUAAAGUUGAUUAUUUUAAACAUCUACAUGUAAGUGUUGAUGAGAAAAUGCCUUGAAGAGUUUUUUUUUGUAAAUUAAAAUGAUUUGUUGUGCAUACAUGCAACAUAAAGACAUUUGAUAAUAGGCUGUCAUCCAUUUUGGCUGGACCAUCUCAGACCAUUUCUUAAAUUUCUGCCCCAACAAGUUUGCUCUUUG